CUCCCCCUCUCUCCAGACUCAAAAAAAAAAAAAAGCUCUGUCUCUCUCGCCUACUUUCCGGGCGGCGACGACGGGGCAAGCAGGCACGGCCCCGAGACUUCGACACGUCUUCGCCGGCGAGCACCCCCCAGGUACGCCCGCACGCUCUCUCCCCUUCCUGCUGUGCGAAACGGAGAGCCGCGAACCCUAAAGUAAGCUAUUUGCAUUCGGAUCUGAGCCCCCCAAUUACAGGUAUUUAUGCAUGUAUUAUACCUACUAACUUCGAUUUUCCUGUUUGCAAAAAAUUAUCCGGUGUACAUCUGUACGCCCAUUUCCUAUACUGUGUCUGCCGCUGGGUUCAAUCGAACCCACCAUGGCUGAUGCCCCUGCUCGGUAUUGAGCUCACUGCUCACCAUUCAAGAGUCACCAGCUCUCGUAUGGAGGACGCAGCAGGAAGCAUUCUUGCGUCCCUCGGCCGCGUGCGCCUCGUUGAUCUUACGGCCUGCGAGGGGCUCCCUACAGACAACUAUAAGAUAUGCGUGUCGACCCUGAUGCAGUCCUUGGCUCAGUAUUCAGCAGCCAUCAUUCAGCUGCCUCCUACUGAAGGUGCCUUGUUAAGGUCCGGCUUGGACUCUGCUGGCCUCUUCUUCCAUCAGCGAGGGUACAGUUCCAGCGAGGCUGUCCACUUGGAUGAUGCCCGCGAAUGGUGCAAGACCUCUGGUUACUAUGUGGAUCAUCAGAUGUGGCUGGAAACCUAUGAUUACAGGCCUGGUGUUACUGUGACAGAGCCCAAUGGUCCCAUGGAAUUGCCUCCAUCGGGCCUACCGGACAUAUUUGCAGUGCUCGGGAAAGUUUCAAGAGAUAUUUUGGAUGCAAUCAGUUUCUCAUUGAAUUUAAGAAGCUGUGCAUUUACUGACAUACUCGACAACAUACCCUUGAGAAGCCAGGAGGUGUCAUCUUCUGUUCUUUCGGAAUGUUGCCAUUCAAGGCCGUCAUUCGAAGGAGCACGGCAGCAUAGCAUUGCUUCUCAAGACGAUGGGCAGUUGAUCAUAUUUGCUGACCAGGAUCAACAGAUGGAUAAGACUUUGCUUACCCUAGUCAGGUCAGAUAGAUCUGGUCUAUAUGUCAAAGACAUGCAUGGCCAAUGGAUUCUUGUUGAUGGGGAUCUUGGUCCAAAUGAUGUUGUUGUUUAUCCUGGCCUUGCACUUUAUCAGGAAACUGCUGGCUAUGUAAAUCCAGCUGUAUACAAGACAGAUGUUGGAAACUUGCAGGGAUGUAUGUUUGGGCGAUGUUCUUUGGUGUUCAAGCUCAUGCCCAGGUCAGUUGCAAGGCUGAGUGGCUCAGAGAUGAGAGCUGCUGGCCACGGCGUUGAUGCUCAGUUUCAGGUCCCCAUACCAGUUAAUGAUUUCAUGCAGACGGGUCAUUCUGUUGAUCAACUUUUUCCCAAGGAUACUGAACCAUCAUCACAUGCAGAACAGGAUUCAGCAUCAUUUAACUCUGUGAUGAAGAAAAAGAAUGGAAGUACAAGAACAAAGCCACUCCCUCCUUCUAAAAGACUUCGCCUAGAGGCGCAGAGGGUGCUCAAGGAGCGUGUUCAGGACAUUGCAGACAAGAAAGGCAUCAAACUGAGAUUUUGCAAUAUCAAAGAAUGUGAAAGCCACAUCCGGUCAUUGGAUAGUCCCUGUGAGAAUAUCAGAACUGAAAUUGGGUGGCCACAAGGGGUUCCUUUUGUCCAUCCACACAAUCUCCCAAACAAGGCAAAGCUUGGGUUUCUAGAAGCUUAUGAACCUGGAUGGACUGCCUCCCAGCAAGAAAUAGAGAGCCAGCCUCAGUAAAUUUUGAUGUGUUACCAACCUUGGACAUGUUUUAAAUUGCCAAGGCUGGUCGGCAAUUUCCUUCCCUUUCAUGUUGAGGAAGCAGCAAUGUACACUCAGUCACAUCGAUUACUAUAGCAAUGGAAAUGCAACUAUUGCCUAGAUUGUUAAUGGUGGUUACCAGUUACCAUGUUUCAAGUUGUAAUAAUUUAUUCUUUACUGUUCAAUGGAUUUUCCUGGAUGAAAACAAUGAAAAGAAAAGAAAAUAGUUCACUUAGUUAUCUACAAUGCGGAGUUA